CUCUUAAAGGGGAGCUGGAUUCAGGUUUUUUUUUUUUUUUUAAUCCAGGACCUAUGUUGACCUCUACCUGUGACCAGCAGAACUGCAAUAACACUGACUCAACUUUAUUUCCUCGUAGUUUUCCUCAGGCUUCUGGUGCUGUUACUGAAAUUGAUUGUGACAUGAAAUUCAAGUGGAAUUUCCAGUGAGUGGGAAUUUCUGUUGCCAAACAGGUAGUGAUAAUGACAAGUGCAUUCUUUGCAUCUGCGUCACUGAGGAGAUGUUCCUCUUAAGUUGUGUUUUUUGCAAUUGUGGAAGAAAGUUUUUUUCUGGUGGAGUUUGGUCUCUGCUGCAACUUUACACCAGCACACCAGACGUCAAAAAGACGUCUGUGCAGUCAACCACACGCUUUCCUUUUCCAGAGGUGGAAGGGUUUAGCACACUGGGGAUUUUAUCUGUGCAUUUUUGUUUGUGUGUUUGUUUGUGGUUGUAUACAACUGUGUGUGUGUGUGGCUGGGAAUCAUUUUCUCACAUCACAGCUUUGAUCUAUAGCCUCCUACGUCCAUUUCCCACAGGCUAUGUAGUGUUCAUAUGAGUGCACACAAUAAGCUGCACUGUUGUUUCUGUUUCAGUCACAUGCAGCAAAAAGCCUGACUGUGACACCAGGCAUCCCAAACUGAUGAACACUAAAAAUGUUUCUUAAAUGACGUAUUAUUAUUCAUUAGAUACACGGAUAAAUCUCACUAUCCAUGGAGCAGCUUUUAUUUUCCUUGGAUAAUUUUAUCUCAUGGAUAGUAAGUUCAUGAAGGCCCUGGUUGUACAUUACCAUAUGAAAGAGUGUCCUUAUGAUACAAUGAAAUUAGUGUUUUAUACCUGUAAGAACAGUUACUUGCUGUAACAAGAUGUUCUAAUCUUAAUAGCAGAAAUUAAAAGCAUUAAGUUUUACUGUAUCUCUAAAGGCAGCCCAGUUUAUGAGAAGCUUAUCUUUGUUUGGCAUUGGUACAUAAAUAAUAACCUGGCUUUAUUGUCAUGUGUUGCCCAUGUUUAUUUGUUUGCUUCUUAAUAUGUGAAAUUGCUGUCUAUCUGAGGACACGCAGGAUGCAAAAGUAGACAUCAAGGACCAUUUUUCAACAUAAAAAUGGAAAAAUAAUAUCCUGUCUACUUCUAAUGACAUCCCAUGUGGUCUGCUAUCAAAGAGAAAAGCAUUUGACAAUGAUCUUGUGGCAGUCUGGUCGUCUCUGCCUCUGCCUCUGCUGCCCAUUGGCACAGCAGCGGGAGCAGGAGGACCACAAAGGGGAGGGCCGAACGGGCCCCCCUCUCCUCCCCGCAACAGAAGAUGUGUGCUCCUUUGAGUGGGAACUGUUUGUGAAAGAGCUCCGAGUCCAGAGACCGAGCAGUCAACUCUAAUUAUCAGGUGUUGUGAGCAGCCUCUGUCCCGACUGGACGUCAACAGGCCUCUCCAGAGAAGAAGAACUCUUGUGGCUCUGUCAAGCGUGGAGGCCAGAGAGAACGAGAGAUGGACACGUGCGCCUGCGCUUUAGAGCUGCUGGGGAUGCUCGUCUAUGUCGGAGCAUGGCUGUGCGUAUUGGCCACCACUAUCUUACCACAGUGGCUGACCAUGUCCACUGCGCUGCUGCCUGUAGAGAGCUACGAGCUGGGCCUGUGGGAGACCUGCGUGGUCCAGGAUGUCGGGGGCAUGGAGUGUAGAGCUUAUGACAGCUUGCUGGGCCUCUCCAGUGACCUCAAGCUGGCCCGCAUCCUCAUGUGCGCUUCCCUUGCUGUGGGCAUGCUGGGAAUCCUGGUGGCUAUACCUGGACUUUACCUGAUCAAUAGCUGUAAAGAACACGGAGGCUAUCGAACCAAGAGAACUUUAACUAUCAUCGGAGGGGUUCUGGGGAUGGUCUCUGGAGUGCUGUGUCUGAUCCCUGUGUCCUACAUGGCCCAUUUAGCUGUGAUACACUUCUUUGAUGAUAAAGUACCUGAUGUGGUGCCAAGAUGGGAGUUUGGAGAUGCCUUGUUCUGUGGCUGGGUGGGAGGAUUUCUCCUCGUAGUGGCUGGGCUGCUCCUGGUCACCUCUUGCUUGUGUUCACAGGUGGAGCCUCAGCCUGUGCUGCAGCGGAGGUACCAGGUGAUGAGUGCAGACGUUAACUUCAGGAAGCGCUCAGAGUACGUUUAAGGGAAGAACCAUGAGAGAUUUACCUGCACAACACAAUCACCAGUAGCACUGCACUUCAGACUGCUUUAAAACAAUGAUGUAAAUAUCUGGCUAACAUUAGAUUUUAAGACAACUUGCUGUGAUCGGUUAAAAAAAAUGAAUAUUUUUUUAAAGAUAUGUUUUGUAAGAUGCUUUAUAUUUCUCGUUCUGGAAUUGCUUCAGGAUCUUUCUUGUAUCAACACCAGGAAAGAAUAAAAAUUGUCUCAUAGUGUUUGAUUUUUACAAGAAAAUUAAACUUAAAAAAUGCUGUGAUUGUAAGUUAUUCCUGAUACUAAAACAUAGAGAAAGCACAUAUUUGUCUUGGCCUAGGCCUUAUGUGCUGUAAUGUGCAGCACAUUCAGAUGAUCACACAUCUCACAUUAAGACUUCUGUUGAAAUUCUAUUAAAAAAUAUC